GAUAGGUAGCUGGUUCCGCUUCGCUUUCCCCGCAAAACCUCCCACCCCAGAUCUCGCUCCUUGGGGCUGGAAGAUGGUGCCCUCGCUCCGGCUUUCCUGCGGGGUCCUCUUAGUCGCGCUGCUGGCGUUGGCACAAGCAGGCAGAAACUUGUGGCUCUUCCGCAAGCAUGUCCAGCAGCAACAGGAGGAACGAGCGAUGAAAGAAGCCCAUUCCCGCUGGCAGCAACAGACCCAGAGACCAGCGGUGCCAGGUUGGAUCCCGGCAUUGGUGGGCACCAUCCCCCAGCCUCUGGAUCACUUCGACUGGCAACACAGACGCAUUUUUAACCAGCGGUUCUGGAUUAAUGAGGGAUACUGGCAGCGUCCCGUGGGGCCCGUCUUCCUCUACAUUGGGGGGGAAUCCGCCCUCUCGCAGUCCUCUGUGCUGUCUGGCCAUCAUGUGGAAUUGGCCGAGAAGCAUAGCGCCCUCCUGGUUGCUCUGGAGCACCGCUUCUACGGGACCAGCCUCAACCAUGAUGGUUUGCAGGAUCAAAACCUCCAAUUCUUGUCCAGCCAGCAAGCUCUGUCUGAUCUUGUUGCCUUCCACCAUUUUAUCAACCAGAAGUACAGCUUGGGGGCGAAUCACACCUGGAUUUGUUUCGGAGGCUCAUACCCUGGUUCCUUGGCUGCCUGGCUGAGGCUGAAGUUUCCCCACCUAGUCUUUGCUGCCGUCGCGUCGUCUGCCCCAGUGAGAGCCCAGCUGGAUUUCACAGGCUACAACCAGGUUGUCGCUGCAAGUCUCUCGAAUCCAGUGGUGGGUGGAUCCAAAGAGUGCCUGCAAAUGGUGAGGGAGGCCUUCUCUGCCGUGGAGAGCCUGCUGGGUGCCAGGCAGCUGGGCAAGCUCGCCACAGAUUUCCACUCCUGCCGUGCUUUACGGGGGGAAAGGGACUGUCAGAUGCUGGUCAGCAACCUGGCCGACUUCUUCAUGGGAGCCGUGCAGUACAAUAACAUCUACCUUACUUGGGGCUCCGUGGCCAGCGUGUGUGGCAUCAUGACCAACAGCAGCAUUGGCUCUCCGUACCAGAGACUUCUUUUGGUCAACAAGAUUUUUACAGCCAGCUUGGGACUGCUGUGUGUGGAUAACACUUACGAGGAUCUCCUGAAGGAGUUACAGGACACCAGAAUCGAGGGGUCACAGGGCAUGAGGCAGUGGUACUUCCAGACGUGCACAGAAUUUGGCUACUACCAGACCUGUGAGGACCCAGUCUGCCCCUUCUCCCGCCUAAUGAACUUGACCUUCCAGCUAGAUAUCUGCGGGCAAGUCUUCAACAUCUCCUCUCGCGAUGUGGGGGAAGCCGUGACUUUCACCAAUGACUAUUACGGGGCCGACCAUCCCAAAGCCAGUCGAGUCCUUUUCGUGAAUGGUGACAUUGAUCCCUGGCAUGCCCUGAGUGUCCUCAAGAACGAGUCCAUUUCUGAACUGGCCAUUUUAAUCAAUGGCACUGCCCACUGUGCUAACAUGUAUACAUCCCAACCCACGGACCCUUUGCCCCUUGUCCAGGCCAGACAGCAAAUUAGCUUCUGGCUUGACAAGUGGCUGAAUUUAGCAAAAAUUCAUUGAGACACCUGGACACACAAGAAAGAAAGAAGCCAGACCGGUUUGUAGAGCCAGAGACACAAAGCAAAGCUGUUUGGACUUGUCUUCGCUUAGAGACCGUCACAAAAUUCUUUUGCCACACAACAAAACUACCUCUUUUGCUACUGUGGCAAUCUGCUUUUUAACUUUUUUUUAAACACGCUACUUUCCAAAUAACACAUUUCUAAAAUUAA